UAUGUUAGAAACAGGGAAAUUCGAAAAUGGCUUACAGGUUCCAACAAUGUGGGAGGAGAUUCGCCAUUUUGCAAAGAGUAUAAACGAUUACGACGUAAGAACAUUUACUAAAUUAACGUAACUCAAUUAUUAUUGUUAUGUAUGUAUAUAAACCCAGGAUACGUACAUAUAGACAAACUGUAAUAGCAUAUUAAUGAAGCUGUCCAUUCGCGUGCUACCGAUUGCUGCUACGAUAUUACAAUAAUUUGCCAAAUGUUUUCUGUCCUCGGUCAAAUUGCAAAGAAUUAUGCGAAAGACAUGAGAAAUACGAGAAAUAGAGAAUAAGGAAGGGAAGGAGAAAUCGGAGAGCCGAACGAUAAGGAAAAAAAUAGGGGGGAAGACAAGUAUUGAAAACAGAAAAGGUAGGGCUGUGCGCAUUUCGCGCAUGUCGGUAUGACUAAAGGGAGCAGAGAAACGAGUGAGAGGAAAGGAGCAGCAGUGAACAUCUAUCCGACAGAGGGAGAUAGUAAAAGAGGGAGGAGAACGGGGGAAAAAGUACUGGGAAAAGGAAAGCGAGGACUUCCUGGGUGGGUGGUUGAUCGUAGACUGACUAGGCAACUACUCGUAAUAAAUCGUGUGACGAGUAACACAUUGAAGCUCCGUCGUAUUUCGUUUUGCUUCGGUCGGCGAAACAACCUAUCAUCUCCUUCUAUUUAUUCAGAGUUCAAAGACACUUGGUGAGCGUAAGGAAUUUGUGUGAUUUUUACGCUCAAUUGCCAAAUCGAGUUCAAUAAUCGCAUCACUUCGAGAUGACAGGCGCGGACGAGGAAACGCAAGUAAACACUGAUACCUGCAAAAAUAUUCUUGUCGUAUUAUCUUGGAUCAUCGUGAUUCUUACUAUGCCAUUUUCCCUCUUCAUUUGCUUCAAGGUGGUGCAAGAAUACGAGAGAGCCGUGAUAUUUCGUCUAGGACGACUUCUGGCUGGUGGUGCUAAAGGACCCGGAAUCUUUUUCAUUCUGCCUUGUGUGGAUAAUUACGCACGUGUCGACCUACGUACACGAACGUACGAUGUACCACCUCAAGAAGUGUUGACGAAGGACAGCGUGACGGUAUCGGUUGACGCAGUAGUGUACUAUCGCGUGAACAAUGCGACGAUUUCGAUCACAAACGUUGAGAACGCUCAUCACAGCACUAAACUAUUGGCACAAACUACGCUUCGCAACAUGAUGGGAACCAGGCCGCUUCACGAGAUUCUCAGCGAACGCGAAACGAUCUCUGGGAACAUGCAGGUUUCCUUGGACGAAGCUACCGAUACGUGGGGAAUCAAAGUGGAACGAGUCGAAAUAAAAGAUGUGCGACUACCAGUGCAAUUACAAAGGGCCAUGGCUGCGGAAGCUGAAGCUGCUCGCGAAGCCCGUGCCAAGGUUAUCGCAGCAGAGGGUGAACAAAAGGCUAGUCGAGCAUUAAGGGAAGCUUCGGAGGUGAUCGGUGAUUCACCUGCCGCAUUGCAACUUCGUUACUUACAAACUUUAAACACUAUUUCAGCCGAGAAAAAUUCAACGAUCGUAUUCCCAUUGCCUAUCGAUAUGCUAACAUAUUUCAUGAAAGCAGCUGCCGGAAAGGACUCUUAAUAUCUCGAUACAAGCUAACAGUCUAUUAUCUCAUCAGAGUCAUCUACAAUCUUUUGUGCGUAAGGAAUGUGUGUAAUAUAUAAUUAACGCUAUAUAGCAUUAUGUACUGGAAAUCGACAUAACAAGGGGCAAGAAUACUUAAUUUUAUUGUUGGUACAAUGAAGAAAUAUUCGAUGAAAACGAGGUCAGCUCCGAAAGAAGUUACUCACCAUGUAUGGAUUACACCUAAUUGAUUCUCUAACCGACCGUGUACUUUUAUAGCGUACUUGACUUGAUCCUUUUUUCCAUCGAUUAUAGCAAAACGUUUUACAUCUCAUCACCACAUCACCGUAUCUGUCGACCAAUUUUAUAACACGUCAUACAAACAGUGGCUACAAAAAAUAUUGGCACACUAUUGUAUUUAUUAUAGCAUUUAUAUACUAAUUAAUCAAGUCCAAGUAUAUUAAAUUUCGUAUCAUUAGUAAGGGUAAUGGAAAUUAAUUUUACUCUUGUACUUAUUUAUUCAUGUAUGUUUCGUGCAUGUUCAUGCGUGUUCGCGUAUAAUAUAAUGUAAAGCAAUGUUUUAUAAGAAUUUUAUAAUCCAGGAGAAGAGGAACGAACCUCUUCGGAAUGUAAUCUUCGUUUUAUUGAACGAAAGUACAAAAAGAUUCACUUCGCACUCGUGAUAAUUAUGUAUGUGAACAUGUAACUUUUUUCUUCUACGACUCACAGUUUCAACAUAUGUUGUGAACGAUAUACAUGUAAGUAAUGUACAUAUGCUCAAUGUCCCUGUAUAUUUGUUAAUGAUACAAAGGACUGUUAAACAGA